AUGUCGCUCUACUUUGAUGCGGUCAACAUCCUGACCGAGCCAUCUUCGGGUGGCUCAUUCAAAUCCCGCAUCUACAGUGCGCGCAACUUGCGUGCGACGCCACCACAAAUCUAUGCGCUGAUCAUCGAGGCCUCUAAAUGGGACCGCGUCCUCGCCGAGGUCAUUGAGCACGCGGAUAUUCUAUCCCUGGAGCGCAAGCUCAAUCCACUCCUUGCCCUCCUCCUGGUCCAUGACCACCUGAUCUCCAAAAAAGGCAUUGCCGCUCCCGCUACUCACCCGCUUCGUCAAGCCGUGGAACGUCAUAAAGUUCGAUUGAAGGCCGAGUUUACCAAGGCUCGUGUGCGCCGCGGAUGCGCGACGGUCGAACAGCUCAAGACAGCUCUCCUGCGCGAGAAACGAGAGGCCGAUGGCGGUAGCAAUUUCAUAUACCCGCGCUGGGUGCGAAUUAACAACAUCCGCAGUACCUUCGAGGACCAAUUGAGUACGACGUUCUCGAGUUACAAACGCGUAGACACAAUCGCGGAAUUGGCACCGGAUGAUGAUGACCGAAAUAGCCGAAAAUUGCUAUACAUGGAUCCUAAUAUCCCGGAUCUGGUGGCCGUUCCCUUUGGAGCGGACUUCACCUCUUCACCCGCCUAUAAGAAUGGAGAAAUUAUCUUACAGGAUAAAGCAUCGUGCUUCCCUGCUUACCUCCUACUGGGCGACCGCGGGCCGCAAGAUGCCUGGGAAGGUGAUCUUGUGGAUGGAUGCGCCGCCCCGGGAAAUAAAACUACACACAUGGCAUCUCUACUGGCGAAACAACAGAAGGGAAGGAACUCCAAGAAACAAAUCUUUUCUAUGGAUGCAUCAAAAGUGCGUUCCAAGACGCUACAAAAGAUGGUCUCUUUAGCCGGAGCGGAUCCAACUGUCACCGUUCUACAAGGACAAGAUUUCCUGGCGUUAGAUCCGAUGGACGACCAAUUUGAGAAUGUUUCCGGUCUAUUGCUCGACCCCAGCUGCUCCGGCAGCGGUAUUGUCGGUCGAGAUGAUGUUCCCCAGCUUACGCUACCUGCCGCAAAAGCAUCCCAACCGUCCAAGUCGCGAGGUAAAAAGCGAAAGCGCCGUGCGGACGAUGAGGACGAAGCUGAGAAACAGCAGCCAAAGGCAGCCACCACGGGCGUCUCCGAUGCUUCACCCUCGGAUGAGAAUGACAUUCCUGCCGGGGCGGUCGACAACGAACGGCUGACAAAAUUGUCAAAUCUUCAGGCACGAAUUGUGGAACACGCCAUGAAGUUUUCUAACGCAACCCAUGUGACCUAUAGCACCUGUUCCAUUCAUUUGAUCGAGAACGAGGCCGUUGUGGCUCGUCUUUUGGCUUCGGAAGUUGCUCAGCAGCGCGGAUGGCGGCUUCUGCGCCGCGACGAGCAACCGGAAGGACUACAGAAGUGGAAACACCGUGGGGUUCGAUGUGACCGGGAUGCCGAAACUGGCAUGGAAUCGGAGGAAAGCGCUGUGGUGGCCAGUUUAUCUGAUGAAGAUCUAGAGGCUUGCCUGCGCUGCUGGUCAGGCGAUGCCGAAGGCCUCGGAGGCUUCUUCGUCGCCGGCUUCGUUCGUGACCCCCAGAGGAAUACAAUCGAAGAAGCUGAGCCAUUGCACGAGGUUGAUGAAGAUAAUAGCGAAGACGGAUGGGAGGGCUUCUCUGAAUAA